AUGGUGACGGUUCGGAAUCCGGCACCGAAGCUGAGCGAUGAGCUUUACAGGGCGAUGCAGACCAUACUGGAUUCACUAUUCAGUCGGAAAGACCCCGAGUUGGAAAUCCCCUCCCCCUUCCACGCACGGAAAAAACCUCCCACCCCUCCUCAUUCCUGUUCCCUCCUCUCGUCUCGCCUCUAACCCAUUGCUGACCGACAGUAUGUGAACAGCGGCCGUGACAUUUCCGAAGCUUUCCACGAUCUCCUACCGAAACGGCAGUAUGCCGACUACUACAAGUUGAUAAAGCACCCUCAGGCGCUCAACCCAGUACAGAACAAUGUUAAGAGGAAAACUUACGCCUCCUUCUCGUCCUUCGUUAGGGACUGCACACAGAUCUUCCAUAACGCAAAAUUGUACAAUCGCCACGGCAGUGUCAUCUACGUCGAUGCGGAGACCCUCGAGGCCGCCUUGCGUGCCGAUUUGACGCGCGUCAAGGAUACUGGGCUGAUCACUGAAUCUGAUGUUACACUUCCUGACCUCGGUCCAUUGCCUCCGCCAUCUCCUAGCGGUUCCCAGGGAUCGCCCGAUCCGGAGGAAGAUUCCGCCGCCGAGGAGGAGGAGGACGAGGAGGAAGAGGAGGAGGAGGAGGAUGAGCCAGAGGAGGAUACCGGGAAGAAGCGUCGGACGUCCACUCGGAGGAGAAACCUGACAAAAUCUUCCAAGCGGGAUGCUGGCAGUGGUGAUGAGGGGCAAGGUGGUGGCGAGGGAUCUAGACAGAAGGAUCUUAGCGACCCUAGGAGGAAGAGGGGAAGACCCCCGAGAGUUGACACCCCAAUGGAGAUUAGGGUUAAGAAUGUCUUGAAGGCGCUCAGGAAACUGAAAGAUGAGAGGUUAGUGGUUGCCCCGCCCAUUCGGCCGGUGUUGGUGCUCACAAGUUCAUAGCGAUGGCCGCCUGAGAAUAAGCACUUUCGAGAAACUGCCGGAGAAGAAGGAGUUCCCCGAGUAUUUUCAGGAAAUCAAGGACCCUAUUGCCCUCGAUAUCAUCCGGGUGAGUUGGCGCAUGGGAUCCGGCCCGACCGCACCGCUAACAGGAGAUUGUAGAAAAACGUCAAGCGACGCGAAUACAAGACCUUUGACCACUUCAUCGCUGACAUGGAGCUGAUGUUCGAGAACGCAAAGAGCUUUAACGAGGACGACAGCGAUGUUUACGGGGAUGCUGUCAUCUUGCAGGAGGAAAUGCGCAAGGCUGCCGAAGUUGAAAAGGCUAAAAAGGACGAAGAUAUCACUGGCGGUGAAGAGGGUGAGAGAGGGAAUAAGCCUACCAGGCUGCCCUUGGAAAAGGUGGAGCAUAGAGGUGAAACGUACCGAGUUGGUAGGUGCCCUAAUCAUAACCGAAGUGGCUCUACUAAGCUGCUAAUGGCGCAGGCGAUUGGAUCCACAUUAUCAACCCCAAUGAUCCGAACAAACCAACUGUUGGACAAAUCUUCCGUACCUGGAAAGACCAUGAAGGGCAGAUCUGGAUCAACGCUUGCUGGUACUAUCGGCCGGAACAAACCGUCCACUGGGCUGAGAAGAAGUUUUACGCGGACGAGGUUGUAAAGACCGGGCAAUACCGGGAUCAUCAUAUCGACGAGGUCCUUUCCAAAUGUUUCGUCAUGUUCUUCACUCGAUAUUCCCGUGGGCGGCCGAAGGGUAUCGACGAGAAGAAGUGUCCCAUCUACGUUUGCGAAAGCAGGUACAACGAGAUCGAGAAGCAUUUCAACAAGAUUAAAACCUGGAAGAGCUGUAUCCCGGACGAGGUCAGAGGGCAGGAUUACGAGCUGGACGCGUUCGAGAAGCAACAAGUGUUGAAGAAGCUGCCCAGUCCUAUCCUCCACUUAUUACCGGAAAACGCAGAAGAGGGCGACCCACUGCCCGACGCGAAAAUGGGCGUUGAGAAUGCGCCGCCUAUUAUUGGGGCUGUCUUCAAGCGAGCAAGGCGGGAUAAUGUAAGUUUGCUGCUCCCCGAGUUUUUGCAGCCUACAUUGUUGUGGGAGCCUAGUGCAAUUUAAGGUGUGACUUUGGAAGCAAACCUUACUGACACAACCUCCUUUUCUUUCCUUUCAGGACUCACCACCCCCAGAGCCAACACCUCCUCCACCGCCCAUGCCUACGCCAACCCCGGCCGCUCCCCCUCCUAGGGUUCCGGUAAAUCCAGAUUACACGGAGACCAUGUCGAUGACACAGAUGUACAAGCAAGCCCAUCUCGCCGCAUCCAUCACUCCAUCCACGCCGCAGGGAAACUCCCACUCUGCCGGUUCCCCAACACCCUCUGGACAUCACCAAUCCGUCCGAACCCCUAUGACCCCACAAUACUCCUACUCGCAUCAGCAACACCAAGGGACCCCGACCACGCUUCAUCGCAGUCACUCGGGCAGUUACCCACCAAGUGGAACGCCUCAAAUGUCAGCGCAAAUGCUCGCGCAGCAACAACAGCAGCAACUUCUGCUCCAACAGCAACAGCAACAGCAACACCAGCAGCAGCAGCAGCAGCAGCUCCAACAGCAACACCAGUUGCAGCAAAAGCAGUACAACCCCCCCGCGCCCCCAACCACUUUCACGCUCCCGGAUAGCGUGACGGACAAUAUCCCGGCCGAAACGGCAAACCAAUUCCUCCGUGACGCUGAGGGGAGAUUGCUGUGGUUUACGGUACCCCCACUAGCUCCCGAGAGGCCCGCCGUCGAAGGUCAGAUUACCGGCCAUUCGCUCGUGUACCUGGCGCGCAAGGAGGAGAUUGAGGAGCGCAGGAGGAAGCGCAGACUCGUGCUUGGGGAGGGGGAGAAGGCGAGGAAGAAGGUGAGGGAGGAGGAAAGGGGUAAGGUGAUGAAAGCGGCGGAGGAGGCGAUGAUUAAGGCGCUCGGGAAGCUAGCGGGACAGAUUAUGUCUGGCAAGGAUGGAAGUCGGGUGGACGGGAAUGAAGAGGGAUAG